AUGUCAGAUUCCAACACAACCGAAUUCACCAACCCCUCCACUUUCAUCCUGCUGGGCAUUCCUGGCCUGGAGGCAGCCCAUGUCUGGAUCUCCAUCCCCUUCUGCACCAUGUACACCAUAGCCAUCUUGGGGAACUUCACCAUCCUAUUCAUUGUGAAGAUGGAGCCGAGUCUCCAUGGGCCCAUGUACUAUUUCCUUUGCAUGCUGGCCGUCACUGACCUGGUGGAAUCUACGUCCAUUGUGCCCAAAAUGCUGAGCAUCUUCUGGUUCAAUUCGAGAGAGAUAGAUUUCAAUUCUUGCCUCACCCAGUUGUACUUCAUUCACUGCUUCUCAGUGAUGGAGUCUGGGAUCUUCUCAGGCAUCUUUGUGGCUAUGGCUUUGGAUCGCUACGUGGCCAUCUGCAAUCCCCUGAGACAUUUCACCAUCCUGACAAACUCCAUCGUGGCCAAGAUUGGCCUGGCCAUGAUGCUGCGCAGCGGCUUGCUUGCAUUGCCCUAUCCCUUCCUGGUAAGACAAUGGCCAUAUUGCAGAACCAACAUCAUCCCCCAGUCGUACUGCGCACACAUUGCCGUGGUGAAGCUGGCCUGCACCGACAUCCGCGUCAGUAGUUACUAUGGCCUCUUUGUGGUAUUCUGUGUGAUGGGUCUGGAUGCGAUUUUUAUUGCCCUGUCCUACUCCCAGAUCCUCAGGGUCAUCUUCAGCCUCCCCACAAAGGAUGCCCGGAUAAAGACUUUUGGGACCUGCAUCUCCCACCUUUGUGCCAUCUUAGCCUUUUACAUCCCAAGUCUCUUCUUCUCCCUCAUGUAUCGGUUUGGCCAGAAUGUGCCCCUGCAUUUCCACGUUCUCAUUGCCAACGUUUACCUCUUGAUGCCCCCCAUGCUAAAUCCCAUCAUCUACGGGGUGAGGACCAAACAGAUCCGGGACAGGCUGCUCCGACUCUUUACUCAUAAAGGGACCUAA